GAGAGCGGAUUAGUAACGAACACCUAGACAUGUAAAUGCCACUGAGAUUAAGUGGACAUCUAAUGCAGUCCAUUAUGUACGUUUACUUAAAUUCCUCUGGCUUCAAUGGGAUUUCCUUGCAAGUCCGUGACCACAGAAUUUCAGACUUACUGCCUAAGGGGGCCCCUGUUGCUUUGACAGAGAAGACUGGAGUGCAAACGUUCCUAGAAAAAAUAACACCAGAGAAAUGAAAAAAGUAGUCUAUAAAAUGACAGUGCAUUGCUGUGGAGAAAGACAGACCAUGAAGAGAACAACCAAUACGAUUUUGUAGUAAUUCCCACCACUUAGGACUGGAGCUGAACAGGUGGCACAUAGUUUGAAUUUUCCGAAAAAGGUUAUUGCUUCAGCCGUGCCGUCAUGGACGCUUUCUAUGCCAGUGGUGUCUGGUUUGCAGAGAUGCUUCAGAUUGGUCUGCCUGGGUUGGAGGACUUCUGGCUUUGGGUCACCUUCCUGGGUGAUCCAAAAUGUGUCUUCAUUAUUUAUUUCCCUCUCGCUUAUUUUCUGGACCACAAAGUUGGAAUAAAAGUCCUCUGGUUGGGCAUAAUCUCCGAAUGGCUCAAUUUAGUCUCUAAAUGGUUCUUAUUUGGUGAACGGCCCUUCUGGUGGGUGUCUGAAUCUGGGUUUUCCAGUAAGGGGGACGUUUCUCUUCGCCAGUUCCCUGCAACUUGUGAAACAGGGCCAGGUAGCCCUUCUGGUCACUGUAUGAUCAGUGGUGCGGCCCUUUGGCCAAUAGUAACCACUUUGACCGCAUGGCUGUCUCAGCACUCCAGAAGAUGGAUAGUGAAGGCAGCGCCCUGUACGAUUUAUCUCCUCCUCCUGCUGGCUAUAGGACUUUCACGCAUCUUCAUCUUGGCUCAUUUCCCCCAUCAAGUACUCGGUGGCAUCUUGGCAGGAAUUGGUCUAGGUUGGUUGCUGGAACCUCAGGUCCCAUUUGAGAAGGAACUCAGCUUCUACUUGUUGGCAUCGCUGUCCCUUUUCUUAAGCACUAUGAUGACCUAUUGGACGUUGAUUGCUCUUGGCAUAGAUCUCAGCUGGUCGAUCACCCUCGCAGCCAAGUGGUGCAUGAAUCCAGACUGGAUCCGCAUUGACACACGCCCCUUUGCAUCGUUGUGCCGGGAUGUGGCCACAGCUCUGGGGCUGGGGCUGGCCCUCCACUCCUCCUACUAUGCCCAGCUCAAAGGCAAGAGGCUCAGCUGGCUUCAGAGGGUGUGUUGUGCUGGCCUGGCCCUUCUUGUCCUGCGGCUCUUUAGCAACAUGGCGCAACCACAGAACGUGGCACUCUGGUAUGGGCUUACCUUUGUUAAGUAUACGACAUUCCCGUGGAUAGUGGUAGCCCUGCUGCCCAAAGCAGUUCAGGCCAUGACCUCCAGUUCAACAAAGACUAGUUAGCAGAGGGGCUGCGUGUUCUUUGAGGGGCGUAGAUGGUGAAUCCCCAAAGAAUAGGUUCUCAAAUGCAGGUCCCUGGAUGUUGGACUACAACUCCCAUCAUCCCUAGCCACAGUGGCCCCAAAAAACCCUGCCACAGAAAUCUGUAGACUUUACCUUGAGGCGUUUCUUCUCUUAGCAUAUGCAAUAGGUUUUUCCACCAGAGGAGAUUCAGUAUAGGUUAGAACUAGCUAUCCAGCUAUUUCAUUCACUCAAGCCAACACAGUUUCUCUUCUGGUCUAAACAGCUGUACCAAAUACCUUCACCAGCUUUCCCCUCCCUCUCAUCUAAAUUAUUGCGGUGUGCUUCUCAUGCAGAUAGGGGACUACUGUUUGUACUUAAGGUGCAACCAAAAAGGUUUGGGGAAGAACAUUCCACAACGAUCCGGUGUGGGGGCGGGGCACUGGAAUGGAUUGCUUCAUGGGGGAGCAGAAUUGUUACCAGUAGACAUCGGCAAGAGCAGGUUGAACAUCUGGCUCGGUUAGGGCAGGUGGGCCUGAUCUAUGAGGCAGGAUUAGCUAAAUUAUUCCUCCCUCCUCCUACCCUUGAACAAAAGCACCAUAAACACAAUGCCCCCUGUUAAGCUUGCUGUUUCCACUAGCUUUGGUUCAGAUGUUCAAUGUUAGCGUACAUCAGUACAUCUGCAUAAAAUAGCCGCUGUGGUGGAAGCAAGGAAGGUGUCUUCAUUCCCAAGUUUCCUGUUCAGCAUUAUAGCACACAAGUGGAAGCAUCUUUGUAAAAGGGAUGUAUCUUCUGCUCUGGGCCAGCCCCACAUCCCCUACAAGAACAACCUUGCACUAGUUCUACAAUGUAUUCCAUAAAACCCAAUGGAGUGUGCACACUCACUUCUACAAGCUUCUAGCUCUUCUGGGCACCCACCAACAUCCUAUAAGCACCUGCUUGCACCUAUGGCUCUUAGUGGGAGCAUGAGCAUCAGGUGAUCCUCUCCUGACUUUUCCUCCUUGUCGGAACUUUCUAUUGCAGGGGGUCAGCAACCUUGGCUCUCCAGAUGUUGCUGAACUACAACUCCCAUCAUUCCUGUCCACAAUUGUGGCUGGGAAUAAUGGGAAUUGAAGUUCAGCAACAGCUGGAGAGAGCAAAAGUUGCCCACCUUUGUUCUGCAGGCUCAUCACCAACUUUCUAUGGAUGCCCAUGUGCAUACUUAACUUAGUUGCUGUAUUGUAGCAAUUUUUCAUACAGGGAGAGUAGCAUGAGAAUUACUCAUGAAUGAACCCUGAUAGGUUUAUCCAUGAAUAGAUUCACACAUUUCUGCUACUCAACAUGAUCUGUCUUAUUGAAGGGGUGUGGUUACUGCCAAGGCCCUUUCCCCAGAUGCAAUCAUUUGCAGCCAGAGUGGCAGAGUAGAGCCCUCUGUGCUGGUGGAUCUGCUCUACUUACAGUCUAAGUAGAUAUCACCAGAGUUUGGUGCAAUUGCACUGUUUUUUCUGGCACAAGGGACCCUCACUGGUGUGAAUGCAUCCGAAGUCUAUAAGCAAACAGUUGAAGGAGCAAUGUUACACAAACUGAUGGGAUUUUAUUCCAGAAAACACUUGCUCAAGGCUGGGGGAACCAAACUCCUUGAUUUUCAUAAAAGAUCACUUUGUUGCAUUGUUUCUGAGGAAUUUAAGCUCCAGUAUUUCAGGAUAAGUUAACUCCACAUCCCUCCUCCUUUAGAGAGCUACAAUCUUACAUUUCAGAGGCCAGAGGUAAAGUAGGGGCAAGGUGCAGGAAACAUCCCAGUGUGUGUGUCGUUCCCUUAGAAAGGUAAUGUUUACAGCUGGCAAUCUGCCUUUCUUUCAAAUAAAUUCCUAGAGGUUUUGUGGCAGCACCCUUUGCUUUAAUAGCUCAAGCAGUAAUUCAUUUCCCUGUAUGCUGAACUCUCCUUCCUCCAGUUUUUGGAGGCCUCUGAAUAGGAAGUGCGCCCAGCUAUUAACUGUAUGUAGGAAGGGUGGGGGUGAUUGGAAAGAGUGCGCUUAAGAAGAGCCCAGUCUAAACACCUCCUCCUUCCUCGUAGCCUUCCACCCUGCUUCCUGUUUCUCAGUCAGCAGUUUGUGGUCCAAACCAGGCUCAUAUAACCACUCAGACUUGCUAGCUUCUGCCUCUCCACUCACUUUAGUCCUGGUCACCACGUUCCUUAAUUAUCUUGGCUGUUAAUAUGCGUAUAUAUACAGUGUUUUUUAAAAAAAAAUCACAGUUCCUUAUGAACUGGGAGGGGAGCGCUGUGGUUUGUUGACAAGCAGGGGCCAUAGCUUUCAUGCACUCAGUAGCAUCAAGAGUCAUACCAGAAUGGACAGGAAAAGCAGGUGGUGUUGGAAAUAGUAACUGGAUGGGCCUGGUGGAUCCAAGGGCAGCACAACUCACUGGAGAAAGCAGUUGUAUAGCAUUGUCCUAGGUUUCCUUUGACUUUCCAGUGGCUGCCAAACCGUUUAUUCUUCUUUGUUUUCAAAUUAAAGCCUAAAAUACUAUUAUGUGAAUAAAUUAUGAAGUCAA